UCUCUGGGACGCUAAUUGGGGAAGGGCAGCAUUGCUAACUGUAUUGCUGCUUUCACAGAUGACCGUCCCCUCUACACCCUUCUUCCAUCCCGCAAGCAAAUAUUACAAUUUUUGUGCAAAACAAUGAAGACUCCACUUUUUAAAAAAAAUAUUCGUUCACAGGUUCCACUUAGAAAAUACUUUGCUGUCCUCUCACCCUGUGCAAGAUCCCCGCUCUGAGCCGGGUCGUCCCCACUCCCAGGAGCAUGGAGGGUAACUUUAACAUCCCUGUGCAGGGCAGCCUUGGCUAUGAGCAGGACUUCCUAAAGAUCAUCACAUCAUCCAAAGAGACUGCACAGUUUGUUAACCCAGCCACAACUCUGUUCGUGAGUCUUUGCAAUGUGACAGAUUUUCCACACAUGAAUUGGUCUGGUUAGCUACACUGUUUCAAUGAGACAUAAUUCGAAUUCCAUCCACACUCAAUGGACUGACAUGAAGGAUGACAGGAACAGUGCAGACCAAAACCCACGGUCCAAAUAUGAGCUCCUCGUGCAAGCUAAGCUUCUCCUAACUAACAAUUCAAGAAAAUUUGUGCUGAAAAGACUCUACUUAAAGCAAGGCAGGACUGUGGGGAGCAUUAAGGAGGACCUCGGGCAGCCAAGAUGUGGUGGAAGAUGUUCUCAGCUUGUCGUGUGCGCUUGACAUCACGUUUCAGAAUAAAACCACAUUGUUAUUGUCAAAGUGAAGACACAAUAUUUUGUGGGGCUGUCUCUUUUCUAAAUGCUGUUCCCAGAAAUCCUUGUCGAUUUAUACAUGACAAAAUUACGGGAUUUAACUGCGUGACCCAUUGGCAAAAGGUAUUUGAACAGAAUGGAAUAUCAGAGCCACAGCAAUCAAGUGAACAUAUAAUAUCUCACGUGCUUGGAGGAAAAACAAUUCACAACCUUACAGAAGAGGUCCUGUCACAUCCACUCACUGCAGAGCAGAAGCAGAUAAUCUGGAAUUUGUGUACAAAGCGCUUACACCACAUGCCUGUGCAGUAUGUAAUCGAGGAGUGGGACUUCUGUGAUCUGACCCUGAAAAUAAAGCCACCAGUUUUUAUUCCCAGACCAGAAACCGAGGAGUUAGUUAGUCUGGUGGUGUCAGAACUUGCUGAAGAAGAGGAUGUUUUAUUUUCUGCGGAAGAUGCUCAUUGGCAGAACUCCCAUCGGGCUGCUCGCCCUGUGUUCCUGGAAAUUGGAUGUGGAUCUGGUGCCAUUGUUCUGAGCUUGCUGCAUUUCUUCAAACAAAGUUAUGCUGUGGCAGUCGAUAAGAGUGCAGAAGCUGUGAACCUCACGAGACAAAAUGCUGAGAGGUUAUGUGUUCAGCACAGACUUCAAGCAUUGCAGCUCAAUGUUAUAUUAGAUUCCCAGAAGCUGGCACGGAUCUGUGGAUCAGUGGAUGUUAUUGUCAGUAACCCUCCAUACGUGUUUCAUGAAGAUAUGUCUGGGCUAAUCCCUGACAUUCUCAGGUAUGAAGACUAUGAUGCCUUAGAUGGUGGUGCAGAUGGAUUGAAAGUCAUCAGGGCUAUACUGCAGCUUGCGCCUACUGUUCUUAAGGAUCAUGGCAAGGUUUUCCUCGAGGUGGAUCCCAGACAUCCAGAAAUGAUACAAAAUUGGCUUCAGGAAUGUGCUGACUUGCAGCUCACCUACAGGGCUACCCACCGUGACUUCUGUGGAAAGCUGCGUUUCUGUGAACUGCAGAGAAGUUGAACAAUUGAAGGACCAAGCUCUUACUCCAUCUUAGAGAUACUUAAUAGGAACUGUCAAAAUAUGCUGCACUACUCUAGAACUUGUUUAUGGAUCCAAAAUUUCUAUUUGGAAGGAAAGGCAAUGUUUUGCAUUGCAUCUGUUACGACGAGCAACUUCUAACUGAGAUCUCUGAUGUAUAAUGCUACAAAUGGCACUAGUUCUUCAGGAAGUGGAUUCUAAUCAAUCACUAACUCUGGGAGAAGAUUGGCUGGAAGCCUUUUUAGACAUGCCCAGGAUUCAAAUCAAAGUGGAAGAAGUCAGUGGAGCGUCCCCAUGGAAGUUCCCAUGACAAUCAACUUUACUUUCUAUUCACAGAAUCAAAAAUUUUAAAGAGAGUAGCUAAACAGCUGGACUAACGAAAAGAGUACUGAUUAGCAGGUAGGCCUUGUGUGAUCAAGGUGUUGUGGUAGAAAAUGCACCAGGGAAAGUUUGUUUAAUUUGAAAACACACAAUACAUAUUGCUUUUUUCCUGUAAAGGACAGGUCCCAGGUUAUGAAUAUGUGUAACUUCUAGCAAGUAUCAAUGAGCCACACGUUAACCCUGCCUGGUAAUCUUUAAUUGAUUGUUAGUUAAAUUCUUAGCUCACUUUGAAUUGCUUAGCAAUUGCUGUUCAAUCACAGACUUACAUCUAACAUUAUGUUUUGAGUUUUGUAAGUGCGGCCUAGCUGAGUAUUGUCAAUAUUAUGCCAAUUGUAAACAUCCAAAGGGUUGUGCUGUUUAAUCCACCAGUCAUGGAGAUGUACAGCCUAUGUUCCUGGUGAUGUAAAAGCCUGGGGCAAUGGCUCUCUAAUACAUUCACUGUGGUAAUUUCUCGACCACUGUGGUAAUUUCCAACCAGUCUACAGCCUUUCCUCAUCCAGUGCAAAUUGUCGUUUCUUUUGAUGCUUGGUAUUCUUGAGGCUGUCCUGAUAAAUUCAAGACAAAAAGCUUCAGUCAUGUGUCUACUUUUUGCAGCAAUAAUCCAGUUCUGUGCUACCAAGCCAUAGAGUUAUACAGCAACAGAAGAGAGUCAUUUGCAAUUGUAUUGUCUCUUAGAAGAUCUAUCCAAAUUUGUACUACUCUCAACUUUGUCCCAUUAUCGUGUAAGUUUAUUCUGAUCAGCUAGUUGUUCAGGUUCCUAUGAAAUCUGAUUCCACCACCUUCUCAGAAAGCCAACUCCAGAUAUAACAGCCCUCUGAAAUUAUUUCUCCUCAUUUUCUUUCUAGUUCUUUGGUCAAUAUUUUAAAAUCUAUAUCCUAUGGUUUUCUACUCACUUGUCAAAGAAUGUUGGAACCCUUCAGAAUUUUGAAAUCAAUUCAGUAGGACUCCUUCUCUGCUAUAAGUGGAACUAUUCCUGAAAAUCCUCUCCACAUAACUGA